AUGGCCAAUCGUUCUGACAUCAUCACGAUUGAUAAUCUCGACGCACGGCUGCCACCAUGGGACCCCGUAGGUCCCAGUCAUCUCUUUGCUCUGGUCGACAUGGGAAGUAAUGGUAUUCGCUUCUCCAUCUCGGACCUGGCGCCUUCCCAGGCUCGCCUUCUGCGCUGUAUCUACCGCGAACGCGCCGCCAUUUCACUCUUCGAUGCCCUCGGUUCCAGCUGCAGUAGCGAUAGCGAUACUAGCGACGGCCUUGGUCACCAGCCCCUGUCAUUCCCACCUGAGACGAUAGUCCAGGUGUCCCAGACUGUCGCCCGCUUCCGCCGCAUUGCCGACUCCUAUGAUGUCCCUCUCGCCCAUUUCUCUGUCCUCGCUACCGAGGCUAUGCGCCGUGCGUCCAACGCCGCCGUCAUGCUCGACGCCAUCCGAGCCGCUGCCGGCGUCGGUGUCCACGUUCUCGCUCCUGAGGUUGAGACUCUGUUCGGCGCCGUCAUGGGAUCCCGUUCUACCUUGGUUGACAUCUCUCGCGGUGGACUCUUCCUUGAUCUUGGUGGUGGCUCCGUCCAGAUGACAUGGGUCGAUACACGGCUGCCCGCAUACGAAGUAGCUGCCGCGACCGCAGGCGAGAGCAUGCCUUUCGGCGCGGCCCGACUGAUCAAAGUGCUCGAGGGAUCAUCCGCCAAGGUCCGCACCAUGGAAACGACCAAACUGCGAACCAGUAUGCGGGCUGCCUUUUCCAAGAUUUGCGACAAAUUUCCGGCGUUAAGCCACUCAAUCGAGACCAUGAAAGCGAGCCGGGUAGAGGCUGAGGGGCAUCGUCAAGGCAUCGAUGUGUACCUUUGUGGCGGGGGCUUUAGGGGCUAUGGAUGCAUGCUGAUGCACAACGACCCCAUCCAACCCUACCCCAUCCCAUCUGUCGGGACAUAUACCGUUAGCGGCGAAUACUUCAAGCAGGUUGAUAGAAUGCGCCGAUUCAACGCGGAGCACGACGGCAAGAUUUACGGCAUGUCUAGUCGCAGGCGCCAGCAGUUUCCUGCCAUCGCCGAAGUCGUCGAGGCCUUGAUUGACACCGUCCCCUGGAUCCGGACCGUGACCUUCUGCGCCGGCUCCAACCGGGAUGGUGCACUUUACAUGAAACUGCCCAAGCACAUACGAGAGAGCAAUCCCCUAGAGGUCCUAGCUGGCAUCAACCCCUCUGAUAUGCCUGUGGCGCAAGCCAUUCUGCAGACAUUGUUCAAUGCCGUUCCUGUUGACGUUGAUUUAUCGAAAACUCCUACCAUCUUCUCGCUCGGCCUAGGCCUACUCUUUGCUCGCCAGAUCUGGGUUCACCAGGGGGAGGAUGAUGGCGCCAACGCCUCAUACGCGCUACACGAAGCUGUCACGAGAGAUCCCAGUGCACCUGGUCUUACCCACCUUGCUCGAGCUGUGCUUGGCUUGACUGUCUGCGCUCGCUGGGGAGCAAAUCUUGGCGCUAUCGAUGCCCAGCUAUACAGGAAUCUCAGAGGACUCCUUGAGGGAGUGGACUCCGACGCCGGCUUCUGGGCCGAUUACCUAGGUGCUGUUUCGGGCAUCAUUGUUGACGUUCUCCCGGCUUGGCCCAGGUCAGAAGAUAUAGUACCGCAUAUUUUGAAAUUCGAGGCAGCAUUGGACGAGACAAAGAAAGGUCGGGACAGAAUAAACCUGACAGUGAGAGUCUCUCCACAGGCAGUCCAGGGUUUGGAUACCGAGAGUCUCCUUGGCCGACUGGUUAAAUUAUUAAAAAGAAACAAGACCUCCGAAAAAAGGGUAAAGGUCCGAAUCGAAGAGAUGAGCCAUUAG